UAGUUUUAAACAGAUCUUAAAGCAGCAGCCUGCGUAAGCUCCCUCAAAUUCCGUACUCAAAAUGAAUAUAUUUCCACCAUAUACCGUGCUCCUGAUUAUCGUCCGCAUAAUGAGUGUCCAUGCGAUGAGCUUCGAACUGCCCUACUACGGAUACAACUCCUACUUGGACGGCUAUCUGGACAACGCCAACGAUGAUAUAUUCCCCGACGAGCACAACUGCGAUGCGGAUGGCAGUGCGCCGGCCACCAUGGAGCCACCGCCACUUCUGGGAUGCACAACACGAUCGUCGUACCCAUCUGGAUAUGAAAACAGGGACAAAUGCGACAGGGAUCGAGAUCGAGAAAAAGAUAGAGAUCGCGAUAGGGAUAGGGAUGGGGAUCGAGAACGGGAUUGGGACAGGAAUAGGUAUGGGGAUAGAGAAAGAGACGGAAACAGGGACAGAGACAGAGAAAGGGAUCGGGACAACGACAGGAAUAGAGAUAGGAAUAACUAUGACGCCAGUGACAGCGAUUUAAACAAGUCGCGGCUGAAGGCCACCCACAUUGCCCAAAAUGCCGCCCAGGUGGCCAAGGCCGCCAACGAUGCACAGGCGGCGGCCGCCAUGGAUGCAUCGCGGCAGGUGAAGAUGCAGCUGGCCGAUAAGGCCAUCUGUGCCGCCCGUGCCGCCGAUGCCGUGCUCGAGGGUAAGCUGGCCAUAGUGGAUAACUAUGCCAGGGAGAUCCGGGAGGCCGAGGCGGUGGUGGAGCAGGUGAGCUCCUCGCUGGAGAUCAGUGAGACGAACGUGGAUGCCGCCUGUGCCGUGGCCAAAGCAGCGGAGCUUCAAGCCGCAUCAUUCAGGGCCCUGGUGGAGCAGACGAGGGGCACUUUGUCGGACCUGGACGGCCUAAUCGAGCAGUCGAACGGGGAUCUCGAGGAGAAGAGCCAAAUGCUGGCAGCGGCGAAGGCGCGUGGUGACCGACUGGCCCGACAGGUGGCGCAAGCCAGGUCGGAGUACGAGCAGGUGAGGGAGGCGGCCUGUCGUGCCGCAUCCGCCGCCGUGGAGGCCAAGCAAAAGGUCACCUCCGGCAUUUUGCUGCCCAUGCCCACGGCGGGCCCCGUCCCAAGGCCCCAAGAUGGGUGUGGCCACGCCCUCGAUAGCAACACAUGCAACGCCCUCCUGGAACUCUACAGGCAGCGCCGACGGCAACAACAGCGAAUGCGGCGGGAAAAGCUGCUAAAGGGGGUGGAUCGCUAUCGAGAAGCUUCCCUGUACGGGGAUCACCCGUUCUAUCCAAUGCGCUCCCUGUAUUGAUGGGAGAUGUCUGCUACAUCUACAAUUCUGUUUUUAUAAUCGUUGCGAAUUAAAUGCUCUAUUUAGAUAAGAGUUACGAGUUUCA